AAAUUCCCUCCCUUUGCCCCUCCUGGACACAGCCUGCCCUGACACCACGCAGUUUUCCGCCUCUACUCACCCCUGGCGGCCUCGGGACCAGGCCCAGCAGCUACCGCGGCAGCAUGGCUACAAAAUGUGGCAAGUGUGGACCCGGCUACCCCACCCCGAUGGACGCCAUGAAAGGGCCCCGGGAGGAGAUCGUCUACCUGCCCUGCAUUUACCGAAACACGGCCACUGAGGCCCCAGACUAUCUGGCCACGGUGGAUGUGGACCCCAAGUCUCCCCAGUAUUGCCAGGUCAUCCACCGGCUGCCCAUGCCCAACGUCAAGGACGAGCUGCACCACUCAGGGUGGAACACCUGCAGCAGCUGCUUCGGGGACAGCUCCAAGACGCGCAACAAGCUGGUGCUGCCCAGCCUCAUCUCCUCCCGCAUCUACGUGGUGGACGUGGGCUCCGAGCCCCGGGCCCCCAAGCUGCACAAGGUCAUCGAGGCCCAGGACGUGCACGCCAAGAGCGGCCUGGGCUAUCUCCACACCAGCCACUGCCUGGCCAGCGGGGAGGUGAUGAUCAGCGCCCUGGGAGACCCCAAGGGCAACAGCAAAGGGGGUUUUGUGCUGCUGGAUGGAGAGACCUUCGAGGUGAAGGGGACGUGGGAGCAGCCCGGGGGUGCCGCGCCCAUGGGCUACGACUUCUGGUACCAGCCCCGCCACAACGUCAUGAUCAGCACGGAGUGGGGGGCCCCCAACGUCAUAAUAGACGGCUUCAACCCCGCCGACGUGGAAGCAGGGAAGUAUGGGAGCCACCUGCACGUGUGGGACUGGCAGCGCCACGAGAUCCUGCAGACGCUGCCCCUGCAGGACGGGCUCAUCCCCCUGGAGAUCCGUUUCCUCCACAACCCAGCCGCCUCCCAGGGCUUCGUGGGCUGCGCCCUAAGCUCCAACAUUCAACGCUUCUACAAGAAUGAGGGAGGUACGUGGUCCGUGGAGAAGGUGAUCCAGGUGCCCCCCAAGAAGGUGAAGGGCUGGAUGCUGCCUGAAAUGCCAAGCCUGAUCACCGACAUCCUGCUGUCCCUGGACGACCGCUUCCUCUACUUCAGCAACUGGCUGCACGGCGACCUGCGCCAAUACGACAUCUCCGACCCGCAGCGGCCUCGACUGGCCGGGCAGCUGUUUAUCGGGGGCAGCAUUACUAAGGGAGGCCCCGUGCAAGUGCUGGAGGACCAGGAGCUGAACUGCCAGCCAGAACCCCUGGUGGUCAAGGGAAAACGGGUGGCCGGAGGCCCCCAGAUGAUCCAGCUCAGCCUGGACGGCAAGCGGCUCUACGUCACCACGUCACUGUACAGCGCCUGGGACAAGCAGUUUUACCCGGAUCUCAUCAGGGAAGGUUCGGUGAUGCUGCAGGUCGAUGUGGAUACUGUGAAUGGAGGACUGAAGUUGAACCCCAACUUCCUGGUGGACUUCGGGAAGGAGCCCAUGGGCCCAGCCCUGGCCCACGAGCUCCGCUACCCUGGGGGCGACUGCAGCUCGGACAUCUGGCUCUGAAGGGCCCCCGCGGCCCCGCUCCAGGCCCGAGCCCCGACCCCAAGCCCUCACUCCUGCAGAGACCCGGUUUGUGCUUCCCGCUCAGCAGCUUGUCUAAAAAGCCCAGCUGAGGUAGUUGAAACGCAUUUAGCAGUCUCCAUCACCAGCCACUGUCGCGUGUCGCUCUGUGCCGUCUGUACGUGAGCUCUUGGAAAUCACUUCACCAAAAAAUAAACCAAUGAACCCAUCCCUCGGGCCAGCUUGUCCUGGGGGGGGCACCCCUGUACCCCUUCUGCUGACCCCGGUCUCCUGCACAGGAAUGUCCUAAAGACAUGCUAACCCUCCGAGGUGGGCUGGAGUGACUAGUUCAC